AUGGCUGAUAGGGACUCUGGCAUCGCCGGGAUUGAACCUACGCCUAUCGUAUUCCCUACACCUGAUAUUCCCUCAGAAAAGGCCUCUUUUCCACCCAAUCCUACUUACAAUAAAUCCACCAAACAACCCAACGAGAAGUCCUCAUUUACCAAGGGACGAGAGAGAGUGAAAACUCUCUCCAAUACUCCGCCGUCCACUCUUGUCAAACUUCUCCUUCACGAAGAGUCUACGACCAGAAAGACUCGUCAACUUCUUACACAGGCGGUGGAUCGACUCGGCACUGCUUCUGAACGUGCAGUAAAUGCUGAAACUUCCCGUCGAGCGGUUGAGGUAUCGGCAUUGCUAGAAAAAGCUAAGCGAGACCAGGAACUUGCGAUAGCCAGUGAUGAAGCGAGUCGUGCUAGGAAUGAGCUAGCGAUGUACAAGCUCCAUCUCAAGAAGGCACAAGAUGAAGUUACUCGGGCGCACAAGGCCAUGAAGGCUCUGACCGAACGUCAAGUAGCGGCGGAGCGCAACGCAGCACAGGCCAGGUCGCUAGCGAGGAAAUACAGAGGUCAAAAUUUGACGAUGAUCGCUAAAGAAGAAGGCAAACUAGAAGGGUACAGGCAGGGAUUGCGUAUUGGAAGGCAGGUAAUCGGUGCAAAGUACGACGAGCACGAUAUUCAAGACGGAGGGAGUGCCUAUAUCGAGGAGUACUUUGAGGACACAGAGGGAACGGCGACCGCCCACAGUACGCCUCACUCGCAAUCUAGGAGAGCGUCAAGGAAGGAUGAUGGCAGGCGAAGACGCGAUUCGGAAGCCCAUACACCACGUCAAACGACUGUAGAUGGUUAUCCCCGCUCAACGCCAAGACCCCAGCCAGAGCCUACCCUUCCGGCCUCCUCAAAUCGCAUUGCGUCCCCUCUAGCAGCCACAGUUCAGGGUGUUGAUAGCCCUCAGCCAGGUCCGUCCCUAUUGCCACCUCCGUCAAUCCAUGCCCAGCAGCCUUCCCUAGUUUCUCCGCAUAUACAUCAAAGGCAUUCUCAACAGAUCACUUCUGAAGAGGAGCCAGAAGUAAUAAAUAUUCGAACGUCAGUGACUACAGAUUCAACGCCCACGCAAGCACGAGAAUCAUCUGAUUUGCCCCGCUCUCCUGCUGAAUCAUCUAAUUCACGACCGCCAGUCCAGAUUUUCCCCCAUCCAUCCCCUUCUCAAGCGAGUCACACUGCAAGUCCCAUUUCUGAGAAUAGUGCACUUGGUAUUCUUGAAUAUGUCCCCAUGCCACCCCCACCUAUAUCUAUGCCACCUCCGGAGUUACAAAUUCCAGCCCAAAGGUCUCCGGAGAUCCAAGCGCCUGUCCCAGGCUCAGGUGUUCAAAAUUCAGAAGCUGAUAGACAGCGAGAGGUGGAUGCCAGUACUCCAUCAACGAUAACCGGUAUUGCUGGACUUGCCACUUUCCCGUCAUAUGUACCGACUGUUUCUUCCAGUGACGGCGCCGACGUAGGCGGUCGAGCACCUGGGGUCGCUGGAAGCACGUCAGGAAGUCUCACCGGUGUAAACCGUCCCCCCAGCGCAGCAGGCAGUCGCGCUGGAAGUGUGCGUUCGGUUGGCUCGGGUGACCCAUGGCAAGGUAGCUCAGGUAGAAGAGGAAACCUGAGUACCAUCUACGAACAGUCGAGGGAGGGAACGCCCGGCCUGACUCCCAUGCAUACAGGCACUUCAAGUGUGCAGAGUCAGGUGAGGGUGGACGAGUGGCGUAAGAGUCUGAGUCAGAGUGGAACUGAGUCUCCUCGCUCAGACGUGAAGCCACUGUCUCCGAUGCUUUCAGGUUCGAGUCUCUAUGCUCCACCUCCUCCGAGCUUGGUUAGCCAAGAUACAGGCUUGACCGAUUUACGGAGACGCCGCUCUUCAAGUAGCGGAAAGACAGCGAGCAUCAAUAUCCAAGUCGAACCUCCGUCGCAGCCCGCCUCUGAUGGUCGACACACCCCAGUUCCAGGAAGUGCUGGUAGUCGUGGACACUCAGCUCCCCAAUACCCUACAUUUGGAUCUGGUGGCUCUACACAUCAUUCCACAGGGCCACAGCAACAACAACCGGGUUAUUUGAGUCCAAACAGGUCACCACUAGACUUGGCUUCCAUUCAGUCAACUGAAUCUGGCCCGAACGAGCCACCAGUAAUACCUGGCAUGACUCCAAAACACCCCGGGGUAUCUCGAAAUCCCGGUCCACCACCGAUGGUUUCGGGUCCGUUAAACAAUGGUUCUAGCCCCGGUGCUCAAGCGCCUCUCCCUCAUAUUUACGCCACUGGUCAGUUUCCCCCAGGCUUUGUUCCGGCGUACGUACAGCCAUCACCCGAUGCACGGACAAUGUCCCUUCAAAAUUCUAGACGUCCGACAUCUCCAGUCGACUCGGACCAGUCAGAAGAGGAGUCAACGACCUCUUCUAGAAGAAAUCUUAUGAAUACUUUGUAUGGAGGAAAUGGAGCAUCUGAUAUCCCUCCUGGAGCAGUGACUGGUGGUACACCACAGGUGACAUGGAAGUCUUCUACUGCGACCGGAAGUUCGUAUGAAACAUGGCCGCCUAACCCUCCGCCUAUUGGAUCUGCAUCUUUUUCGACCUCACCCAAUCCUCUUCCGAAGCCACCGCAGCCUAUAUCGGGCGGAACGACGUUCGGUGCCUGGGGAAGCGGCUCACCCUAUGCUCCAUCUCCGUCUGGAUCCGGUAACCCUCCCUAUACUCUCCGUGGAACUACUGGUGAAAGCGAGCGAUCCCGUUCACCUGCACCCGUUCCAAUACCCAAUCCGACGCUGAAUAAUAACUGGGGUGCAAUCCCAAAGACGUCUUCGACAUCAACAUCAAAUACUACACCGCGAUUUGCAGGAGUAACUCCAAGAUCUUUGGGGACUCCUCGGCUAGGAAUGAUCUCCCCGUCUCUGGUAUCAUCCUUGGAUCGCGCUCUUCCACUUGAUAAUACUAUCGACGCUAGCCCUCGGACUAAGCGAGAGAGUUUACACGCGGGUACGACCCCGUUGUUCAAAGGGAAAUCAAUCCCGAGUCUCAGUGGUAGUGGAAGCGGACGAAGCAGCCGGAAUGGAAGUGAGGAAUACAACGUUCUGGAAACUCAGACGCAGGAAAAUACCGUGGCAAACGCUAAGACGGUGCGUAUGGGAGACCGGGUGCAAGUAGGUGCGGCGGGUAGCUCGCCGUAUCGGCAACAAGCCAACGUGCCUCUGUAUCGCCAAUAG